GCAUAUAACCAUUACUGCAACCCAAAGUAAGAGUAAAUCAGAGACCAGAAAAAAACACUCUCAGAGAGAGAGAGAGAGAUGGGAACCCUUUCUCCUCUUGCAGAAGAGCCCAUAAGCGAAGAAGAAGGCAUCUCAGCAGAGAAAGGAAGCACCUUUCGAAGCUGGCUGAAGAAUCUUCAGCUCUUCCACCGCAAACCAAACUUCAAAGUUCUCCUCAGUGUCAUGGCCUGCCCUCUCUCUCCUGUUUCCAUCUUACCAAAACAAUCACUUGGAGUGGCCUCCUCAGCAGAGUACAUAAUACGGCAGUUUCGCGCGACGUCGGGGUGUAGCAAGAUGGAGACAAAUCCGACGAAAAGCAUGUAUGUCGCCGGCCGUGUGGCGGUGGCUGGAAAACAUGGCGCGACCUCCGCCACCUCCUUUUCCAGCCAACAAGGCUCCUUUGUGAUGUGGCAGAUGUCGCCAACCAAGUGGCUCCUCAACCUUAGGGUUGCCGGCCUCCACGUGUCUGCUGGAAGUGACGGCCAUGUGGCAUGGCGCCGCACGCCAUGGCUCACCGCGCAUGCCGCAAAAGGAGGCGUGCGGCCUCUCCGGAGAGCACUGCAGGGAUUAGACCCCAUGACCAUUGCUGCAGUAUUCUCUGCAGCUCAUCACAUUACAGACAAACAAAUUGAUGCAGAGGAAUGCUUCGUGCUGAGAUUAGACGUGGAUGCUUCUAAACUAUCUUACCAGAGCGACAACACAGUCGAAAUAAUCGAACACAUGAUGUUUGGCAGCUUCAGCGAGCGGAGCGGACUUCUGCUGCACCUGGAAGACUCUCAGUUGAUGAGAAUUCAGUAUUGUGGAGGGCAGGGGAUGUACUGGAAGACCACCAUGAGCUCAUGGAUGAAGGAUUAUGAGGCAAUUGAUGGAGUUAUGGUGGCUCGUUCAGGGAGAUCUGUGGUGAAAUUGGAGCAGUUUGGGGUGGAGGGGGAGAAGAUGAUGGCUGGUUCGAUGAUUAUGGAGGAGAAAUGGAUCAUUGAUGAUGUUGAUUUUAAGGUGUCUGGAUUGAGUGCUGAUUUCUUUAUUCCCCCUGAAGAGAUAAAGACAUAGUUGUUAGCUUAUUUUGCAACAGUUAUUAUUGUACCUUUUUUUUUUUGCAUGAAAGUUGAUUAGUAUGUAUU